CUAUAAAAAAAAAGAAACAUGUAUGAAGAAUUUUUAAGUAAAGUUUCAAUAUUACGUAAGAAAUGAAAUAAAAUAAGAUUAAUAUUUAAGACCAAUUUAAAAUUAAUUAUUUAGAAACACUUGAUGAAUGGGAGCGUCUAACAGUAGCGGAUUCACUUGAACCAAUUCAGUUUGAAGAUGGUGAAAUUGUUGUUAAACAAGGCGAUCCAGGCGAUGAUUUCUUUAUUAUUGUUGAGGGUAAUGGUAUUGUCUAUCAAAAAACAUCAGAAUUACCUCAAGCAGUUGAAGUUGAUACACUUGGUCCUGGAAAUUAUUUUGGUGAAAUAGCUCUUUUAUGUAAUCGACCACGUGUUGCAACAGUUAUUGCUAAAGGUACAUUAAAAUGUGUUAAAAUGGAUCGUGCACGAUUUGAACGUGUUCUUGGUCCUAUACAAGAUAUACUUAAAAGAAAUAUUCCUCGCUAUAAUUCGGUUAUUCGUCUUGAUCAAUUACGAGCAGCUGCAGCUGCUUCGUCUAAUAAUCAAGCAAAUAAUAAUAAUAAUAAUAAUAAUCAUAAUACUAAUUCCAACGAUGAAGAAUCUUUCCAUUAA